GAAUGUGGCGCCGGUAUGUGACUGACGGAAUGUGAUAUAUGGUUUUAGGCUCCCAUCCCAGUGUAGAUCACAUCUGUAUUUAAGCGUUUGGGUCUCCUGAAAAUCGGUUGUUUGUCGCGAGCUUUUUCUUGGUUCUUGGAGGACUUGUUGAUUUUUCUUUUUUUUUUCUUUUUUUUUUUUUGGUGUCGAUUUCGCACUACAUUCUUUACUAUACAUUCCUUGAACUUUGCAUUGUGUAUACUGUUUCCCCGGCCAUACAUACCCGGGAAUACAUACAGUCCAUCGACAAUGAAGCCCUUAACUCCAAUCUUCCUCUCGUCCCUCUACCUCCUCACACCAACAACCGCCCAAUCAACCCCCCUCUCCCGCGCCGAAACCGCCCUCGAUGUCCUCCAAUCAUGGUACAAUACAUCCUCCGGUAUCUGGAAUACCUGCGGCUGGUGGAACGGCGCAAACUGCAUGACCGUGCUCGCGGAUCUAGCGCUCAUCGACGAUUCCUCGGAAACCGUGCAAGAAACAGCAAGAGAAGUGUUUAAUAACACGUAUUAUGUCGGGCCGAAGUCGAAUCCGUUGCCGUUUGGGAGGUUGGAGCCGAAUGCUACCGCGUCACCGUCUGUGACUGCUUCUUCGUCGGGGGUGGCUUCGUCGAUGGCAGCGACGCCGACAACGACGGAUGGUGCGUACGAGGUUGGGUGGAAGUGGAUUGAUGGGUCGUAUGAUGAUGAUGGGUGGUGGGCGCUUGCGUGGAUCGCUGCGUAUGAUCUUACGGAGGAGCAAAAGUAUUUGGAUGUUGCGAUUGGAAUUUAUGAGCAUUUGAAUUCGACCAAGAAAGCUUCCUGCGGAGGCACUGGCAUUUAUUCCGAUAUAACAAACGUCUACGUCAACGCUGUCACGAACGAGCUCUUCCUGUCGAUCGCUGCGCAUCUGGCCAACCGCGCUUCGAACAAGCAGAAGUAUCGCCAGGAUGCAGAGAACCUGUGGAACUGGUUUUCGACUGUUGGAUUCAUCAACGACAAUGGCACCAUUAACGACGGAUUGACUGACGACUGCAAGAACAAUGGACAGACUGAAUGGACCUACAACCAAGGCAUAAUCCUCGGUGCCCUCACUGAGCUCUACACCAUCAACGAAAACAAAACCUACUUAACCUCCGCCUCCCAUAUCGCCAAAGCCGCCAUAAAAACAUUCACUAAUUCUACCACCAACGUCAUCCAAGAAUCCUGCGACCCGGACGCCUGUGACGAAAACUCCACCCAGUUCAAGGGUAUUUUCAUCCGCAACCUCGCGGCGCUGAAUGACGUUGCGCCAGAUAAUGACUACGAGAAGGUGAUUAAGGCUUCGGCAGAGAGUAUUUGGAGGAAGGAUCGGGAUGCGGAAAAUGAUGAGUUAGGGGAGGCGUGGACAGGGCCGUUGGGUCUGGUCGAUGCGUCGACGCAUUCGUCCGCGUUAGAUACGCUCGUUGCGGCUGCUGGGUUGUAGGUUCGCCUUGGAUAUGCUGGGUGAAGUUUGAUGUAUCUAUGGUUGCAUACAGGUGCAUAGGAUUGCAUAUUGUGGCGUGUGCAUAGAUUAUACAUGCAUGUCGAUCGACUGGCAUCUCCGACUACGUAGCACACUUUAGAGUGGCCCUAUCUGAAAAUGUACUCAUCCUUUUAUAACGCCUG